CCUACGAUUCACACGACAAAUCCGCAAACCUCUCAAACGCAAUUGGCGAGCAGCACUCUUCAGUUCGCAAUCAGACGCCAAGCCAAGCCGACAUGUCUACCAGCAGUAGCAGCAGUUGUUCGCCGUCCAAACGAUUGCUGGAUUUAAGCCUGGAAGAUAAGAAGCGCUUUCUGGACUCGUUCGAUUACGUUCUCACCGAUUGCGAUGGCGUAGUGUGGAACCUGUAUGGACCGAUCGAGGGCGUUGGCAGCGCGAUCAGUGCCCUGAAGAGCCAGGACAAACGUUUGGUGUAUGUGUCCAACAACAGUGUGCGAACGUUACCGAAUUAUCGGGAUCAGAUUCGCAAGCUGGGACACGAAGUGGAUGAUGCGGAUGUCGUUCAUCCAGUCGUCAGUGUGAUCAAGUAUUUAAAAUCAAUCGAUUUCAAAGGCUUGAUCUACGCUAUAUGUGCACAACCGUUCUUGGAUGCUCUGAGGGACGCAGGCUACGAAGUUAUUCAUGGCCCAAGUGAACCGCAGCCCGAGGCGCUUCGUCUUAUCAUUCCGGUGAUUCACGAUAAGAAGCCCGUCAAAGCGGUGGUGGUAGAUUACGAUUUCAAUUGUAAUCAUACCAAAAUGCUACGGGCGGAGCUGUACUUGAAGGGGGACCCGGAGUGCUUGCUGAUUGCGGGUGCCACUGACCGUAGUAUUUCCAUAACGCAGCAAUGCGAAGUCCUUGGGUCAGGUCGGUACGUGGAUAUGCUGGAGCAGGCCACCGGGCGGAAGGCCAUCGUUUUGGGCAAACCGGGUCACCAGUUGGGUGUGCUGUUGAAGGCACAGUACGGAAUCCAGGACUCGCGAAGGGUGCUGUUCGUUGGGGACAUGAUUGCACAGGAUGUAGCCUUUGGGAAAGUGGCGGGAUUUCAAACGCUGCUCGUACUAACCGGAGGGGCCAAAAACGUGGACGUCGAGAAGUUGUCGGAUCAAGAUUUUGUGCCUGAUUACUACACCGAGAGUUUCGCUGAUUUUGGAAAGCUGAUAGAAGAAGUGCGUGAUGCAAAGGCUAAAGCUAGUCUGUAAAUAAAGGCACAUAUUAAAAAAAAAAAAAA